AUGCCCGAAUAUGAAGAAGAAAUGGAGGCGGAAAUGGAAGAAAAUCCCUUUGCGGACAUAGAGCAGUACAUUGAGGAUACAAAUGCUAUUGUACCUCCGGUCGUUGGCGCUGCAACUUUCAAGGUGGAACAUGGUUUAAUCCUUAUGCUCAAAGAGGAGGGGUUUUUCAGGAAUUCCACUGAUGAUGAUCCGACACAACAUCUUAGAAACUUCUUGGGUGUGUGUGCGAUGCACAAGCAAAACAACGUCACUGCUGAUGCCCUAAGGUUGAGGUGCUUCAAGUACUCACUAGCUGGGGACGCAAGGAAAUGGCUUCAAAAUCUGCCACCAAACUCCAUUCAUCCUUGGCCCGAACUUGUCCGGGUGUUCUUAGCUAAAUGGUUCCCGCAAAGUAAGAAAUCUGAGCUCCGGGAUAAAAUCUUCUUUUUCAAGCAAGUACCGGGAGAACAUCUACAUGAGGCAUGGGAUCGGUUCAAAUUAUAUUUGGUGAGGUCUCCCAAUCAUGGUUUUCCGGAUUCCAUCUUGUUGGAAAAAUUCUACAAGGGUUUAGAUCCGAUGAACCAAUCUAUAGCCAAGAAUGCAGCUGACGGAUCUUUUAUGGACAAGACAUUCACAAGGGUCACACAGAUCCUUGACAAAAUGGCACAACAUAAUCAAGCUUGGCACAUCGAGGACACCACAGGUAGAAUUGCAUAUGGUUCUCCCUCCUUGACCAACCUAAUUAAGGAGAAUCAAGAGAGAGAUCAACUAAUCGCAGGGCUUGCCACAAAUGUCAAUGUGUUGACAAAAAUGUUCACGGAAAGUCAAACAAAAAAAGUGAAUGUGGUGGAGGAUGUGCAACCUAUAUCAAAUGAAGAUUUUGAGGAAGCAAACUACAUCAACAACCCUCAAGGAGGGUAUCAAAGACAACAAUACCAAGGUCAAGGACAACAAAAUCAAUGGAGUCCAAACCCGCAAGGGCAAGGCAACCAACAAUGGCGAAAUAACCAAGGUAGCUCAAAUCAAGGAAAUUGGAAUAACAACAACAACUUCUCAAAUAGGAGUUCAAAUCCUUGUGUUCCUCCAAAGAGUCAAUAUUCAAAUCAAGGCUCCUCAAGUGAUUCCAAGUUGGAAUGCAUGCUUGAACGGGUAUUGCAAAAUCAAGAGAAGUCCGACACUUCUAUGAGGAACAUGAACGAGCUUGUUGGCUCUCAUACCGCAUCCAUUCAAAAAUUGGAGAUGCAAAUGAGAGACCUCUCUAAGGAACAAAAUCCAAAGCAAAAAGGGAACACUCCCUAG